GUCAUGAAGUUAUAGAAGAGACCUUGAAGGAAGAUGAAGGAGUCAACGAUACUUGUAUUUUCUAUGGGGUGGUUCAAUCCGGAGUUGACCUAAACGCGUGAGUAAUCGCGUCAAGUAAGGAUUGAGUUUGUUUGUUCGGAACAAAUAUCCUCCUGGACCUCUCGAUAUGGACUCUAAAUCAUCUCCUUCGCCCACGACGACCACGACAACGGCAAGCUCUCUGGACUUGGUGUUUUCUGACAUACACAAGCUACUCUAUCUCCUGGUCUUGAAAUCUCGUCAAACCGUGCAGGAUUCGAGGAGAUCGACCACGUCAAGCACGCGGGUUCCCACAGACUGAUGGCUGCAACAUGAGCACUCGCAGUCGUUCAACCGCGGACUCUACUUCACGAGCAAUGUCUUCGGGAGGCAGAAAGGAGUAUUCUGGGAAAGGAUACGCAGCUGAUGCACGAAGUUUAGUGGAGAGAGAACGCGAGCGCAUGAUUCAUGAACGGCAGGAAGUUGUGAGCCGUGUACUGGAUGAACAUGACAAUUUGGUACGUUCUCAUGCUUUGCAACCUUUCCCCAAGACCAACACGUUCUCAGGUUAGGGAGGCUUUCCACAUGGAGACAUUUGUGAGCAUGCUUGCUUAUGACCCGAAGGUUGCGAAAGAAGACAGAUCUGCAGUCUUUCAAGAGUAUAAGGCAAAAUAUGACCUCCUUGAGAAGUCUGCCGCUGCAGGUCCAUCUCGUAGUACACGCAGCGCCCACAACGCUCGUCUGGGUGCUUUGAAAGCUACGCCCAUCCCCGCAGCAACCAAACCCAAAAGGCCCACCAAGCCUUCAAAACAAGAUAAUGAAGGCGGCACAUUUUGGACCAUCUAUUCCGCAGCCAAGUCUCGCGACAAAGGCAAGGCGAGGGGUGAUCCAGGGCAGGAAGAUAUCACGCACCAACCUGACUUGGAUUCGGAUACAACUCUGAUCGCUAUGCCAGCCAGUAUAAGCGCAGUCAAAAUACAGGGAUCCAAACAUCUUCGGAAACGUCCCGUCAUCGAGAUCUCACCAUCACCUCAUGGGCUUGGAGAGCCUCCACCAAACAAGAAGCGGAAACUUGCCCCAUCUAUAUCUGCACCCAAUUUACCUCCUCGCACCCGUAGCUCUUAUGAAAAGCCAGAACCUGCGCCCCCAGUGUCUCCCUACAAAUCGACGUCAAUACGCCGUAUCAAACUCAUAGUCAGACGACCCGUCCCGACGCUGACGCAUCCGUCUCAAAAAGCGCCACCGCCGAAACACGGCCAGUCCUUGACGACGUUUCUGCAAUCUUAUUCGACUUUGGAUGAUCAGGAUGUGGAUACCUCAGUUCUUGAGGAAAGGGCCAAGGAGCGUGCUCGUUUCUUGAACAAGAUCGCUUCGAUGAGGAAGCAGGGUCGGCUGCUGUAUACUUUCGAAGGUGAACGGCAAGAGCCGAAACGUGUCGGAGGAGACAUUUGGGACCAUUUACUUGAAGACGUGAAGGCUCGGGCUCGUGUGCGUCCUACUAGUCCACGGCAGGGUGCACUCCAAGUUGCGAACCGAGUGAAAGCUUAUUGGGAGAGCCAAGCCGCUAAGGAAGACAAGGUGAAGGCGCUUGAAGAGAAGCGGUUGAGAGCCCUUGCGAAGUCCACCGUCAAGCUGGUCAUCAACAAGUGGAAAGAAGCGGUCCUGCAUAUCCGAGAAGAGGAGAGACAGAAAGUGCUAGAGGAAGAACGUCGACGUGGACAUGAGCAUCUGGACGACAUCCUCAAUCGUUCUGGGCGGAUAUUGGAAGCUCAACAGGCGGAACUCAGCAAGAAUGAGCUAGUGAGCUUUUCGAGAAGUCGAUCGAGUAGUCUGGCUGGCACGGCUUUUCCUUGGACGGUUUCUCCGGAUGCAUCGGACGACGAAAGCGGCGAUACUGAGGACGAUGAACCUCAUCGUGCGAAUGGCCUGGAUAGCGAUGAUGAGGACCUCGAUACUGCUGGCUUGCUAGGAUCUGUACGCAGUCACUCGGUAACGUCGGGAGCGGAUGAGCUUGAUAGUUCAAAGGUGGAGAGCUCCCGAAGUUCCUUGGUUCUCGUCGAGUCGGGUGCACAUUCGUCUCGCAGUGAGACUCCUGUUGAUGGGUUAUCCCAAUUACUCGUUGACUAUGAGGUAGCCACCCCGUCGCCGAUACCCUCACGAGACUCUUCUAGUCUUCUUCAUCCUGACGUACCGAUAGACUCCGUAGUCGCAACUCCCGAUGCUGCGUUUGAGGACACAGUACUUUCUCGGGCUAUGACGCCUUCUGAGGACGGCGCUGUGAGCUAUCACAAGCCUGGGGUCGACUCAUCACUUCCUCCACUUUCCAUCGAUCAUGCCGCUUCGACAACCGACGAGGCGCCUUUGGCGCAAUCACCGAAAGUGAAUGGUAUCGUAGUUGAUGGACCAGUUGUUGAGCAAGAGGAGGAAGGCAUGGUUCUUGACGAGGUCGAGGAAGAAGAGAACGAUCUUGCUGCGUCUAUUCCUGCUUACCUUCGGCCAUAUGCUGUUGCGCCGGUUGAAUGGGACCCUCAGCAAAAGGUGACACCACCGUUGCUCCUGCGAGGUACAUUACGGCCAUACCAGCAAGUUGGUCUGGAAUGGCUUGCGAAUAUUCACGUGAACAAUCUCAACGGCAUUCUCGCUGAUGAGAUGGGUCUAGGAAAAACAAUCCAGACCAUCGCUUUGCUCGCUCACCUUGCUUGCGAUCGGGGGAUCUGGGGUCCACAUCUCAUCAUCGUGCCGACGAGUGUUUUGCUGAAUUGGGAAAUGGAGUUCAAGAAGUUCCUACCAGGGUUCAAGAUCCUCAGCUACCACGGCAAUACCAAGCGCCGGAAAGAACUUCGUCAAGGCUGGAACAACAAGUACCACUUCAACGUCUGCGUUACUUCGUAUACACUAGCAAGCAGAGAUGCACAUGUCUUCAAGCGAAAACCUUGGUAUUACAUGAUUCUGGAUGAAGCACACAUGAUCAAGAACUUCAAAUCUCAGCGAUGGAAUACUUUGCUGAUGUUCAGAUCUUUCCGUCGACUCCUUUUGACGGGAACUCCGUUGCAGAACAACCUGACCGAACUCUGGGCACUGCUCCAAUUCCUUAUGUCCGGCACAAACUUCGCCAAUCUGAAGGAGUUUGCUGAUUGGUUCUCAAAUCCUUUGGAGAAGGCCAUCGAGAUGGGCACAACACUCGAUGAUGAAAAUCAACAGCGUGUGGCGAAGCUUCAUACCGUUCUGCGACCCUAUCUUCUUCGACGCUUGAAACGUGACGUUGAGAAGGAGCUGCCCAGCAAGUUCGAGCAUAUCGUGAUGUGUCCUCUGUCAAAGCGUCAACGUUUCCUUUACGACGAGUUCAUGGCUCGCGCUGAAACACGACACGACCUCCAGUCGGGCGUUUACCAGAAGAUUGCCAAUAUCUUGAUGCAGCUUCGCAAAGUCGUGAACCACCCCGAUCUAUUCGAAGUCCGGCCGAUUCGAACGUCUUUUGCCAUGGAUCGUUCCGCCAUUGCCGACUUCGAGAUCAAGGAGCUCCUGGUGCGCCGUCAGCUACUUCAACAGACACCUGAGGACUGUGUCAAUCUCGACGUACUAGGACUGCAGUUCAUUGGUCGACAAAAUACGUCUCUAGUGGCAGCCAUGGAAACUCAUCGUCUUGAUGCUACCCGACACCUACCUUAUGCUUCAGAGUUACUAGGUGAAGCUCCACCGUAUGACACGCGCACUAUCUCCGGCUUUCGUAAGAUGAGGGAAUUCCAGCAGCGUGCAGCUCGCAUCGCCCGCUGGGAUCAGAUUGGCUAUCUGAAUCAUCUGCGAUGUAGUCAAAUGCCGUUGAUCAGUGAAGAGCUCAUAGCCCUUGCAUCUCAAUGUCGCAAACAAAUCCUACCUAUUGAUGUUGUCGAUCCAAGACGUGACUACAUGAAUAUUGCGGAAUCUGUCCACAAAGCUGUAAAGUCUUACUCCACGCGAGCUGAAGAAAUGGGCGAUAUAAUCGACAAGUUUGCUUUUGCAACUCCCCCCGUUGUUGCUCGAGAUCUUGCUAGACUAGCCCUGGGUGGCAAUGAACCCCUUGUCUUGGAGAAGGCUGCCGAUUCUGGGUUCGACCAAGUCCUCCAUCGCAGCGCGGUGAAACUUCAGAUUGCGUUUCCCGACCCCUCGUUGCUCCAAUACGACUGUGGCAAGCUCCAACAACUCGCCGACCUCCUGCGUGAGCGUAAAAUGGGAGGUCAUCGAGUGCUUAUCUUCACUCAAAUGACCCGGAUCCUUGACAUCCUGGAGAUCUUCCUCAACUUCCAUGGAUACCUUUACCUCCGAUUAGACGGCGCUACGAAGAUCGAAGAUCGGCAGUACAUCACUGAAAGGUUCAAUGUGGACUCAAGGGUCUUUUGUUUCAUCUCCUCAUCUCGGUCUGGAGGAAUUGGUAUCAACUUGACGGGCGCGGAUACUGUCAUCUUCUAUGAUAGUGACUUCAAUCCACAAAUGGAUCGACAGUGCGAGGACAGGGCGCACCGUAUUGGGCAAAUUCGCGAUGUGCAUAUAUACCGUUUCAUCUCCGAGCAUACCGUAGAAGAAGCUUUGCUCCGUAAGGCCAACCAGAAACGUUCCCUGGACAAUAUCGUCAUUCAGCAGGGCGAGUUUGACUGGCGGUCGUUGAUGAAAGACGAGGGGGCGUUGACCCGAGCGCUGGGCGAGUUCGAGGACGCCGAGGACGCUCGUGCCGCAGCUGUGGCUGCAAGAGAAGAAGUUGCGAUUGUGGGUGCGGAUGAAGCUGAUUUCGGUUGGGAGGGAGGUGCGCAGUCAGUCACUUUGGAUGAGAAAAGCCCUGCAGUGGAGGUCGAGCGUGGUGUUAUCGAAACACCUACUCCCAUUGAUCAAACUGACCUGGAACCUAAUGCUGAGGAGGAAGAGGAGGAGGAGGAAGAAGAGGAGGGAGGCACAACGGUGGAGUAUAUGCUCUCAUUUGUUCGAUCCGAUAUGGAGUUCUUUGCGGAAUGGCGGAUAUAAUUUCUUGUAUUAGACCUAAUCCACGAACAUGUUUUCUUGUUGUAAGUUAUGUAUACUGUAGUAGCCUUCUUGUUUACAUUCACCUGCUAUGAUGCUAUGCUUCACUGCUUCUCCUUGCACUCUCUCGUAGUGGUAUGUCGUAUGGUUAGUACUACGUAGUCUACAGGAUCUAUUCCUUACGAUCGUUGCGAUGAAUCACAAACAUUUCUCCAGCUAGAACCCCACAUGACACCAGCAUUGCAACGAAGGAGAUCGGGAGGUUCAGGAGAAGGAACUGUUUAGGUCGAAUGCGAAUGCCUUUCUGACGUAGGAUACCUCGCCAGAGAAGUCCAGCUAGUGACGCAGAGAUGGUGAUUGUGAACGCUCCGAAGUUCGAACCUAUCGCUAAUGCAUAAAUUGCACCGUCUCUCGUCCGAGGGUCAACCAUGUUGUCGCUUUGUGAUUCCC